AUGCGUCACUCCCCUCUCCUCUUGGGAGCCCUGGGCCUCUCAGAUGUCUUCGUCAGCGCAGCCUCGACGCUUCUCUCCGGCGGCACCAUCAUUGCUUGGGACGACGAGGCGAAUUAUCUUGAGGUCAUACGAGAUGGUUCCCUCUUAAUCACCAAUGAUCGGAUUGUCUCUGUCAACAAGGACCCCCGACCGUCCCAGCUGCCCAAUGGAACCGAAGUCGUCGAUGUCUCUGGCCAGAUCGUGACCCCUGGAUUCAUCGACACCCAUCGCCAUGGAUGGCAGACGGUCUACAAGACUAUCGCCUCGAACACGUCACUAGCCGAGUACUUCAAUCGCUAUGGCGAGUUUUUCGCAGCUGACAAGUUCACGGCCGAGGACGUCUACAUCAGCCAGCUUGCCGGUCUUUACGAGGCCAUGAAUGGCGGAGUGACGACUCUUCUCGACCACGCUUCACACACCUGGUCUAAUGACACCUCUUACGCAGGCUUGAACGCCUCCGUUGACAGUGGAGCCAGGGUCUUUUGGUCGUUUGCCUUCCACAACAUCACAUCUCUGAACUACACGAUUUCCGAGCAAUUUCCCCUAUUUCGAGAAAUGGCCGGGAACAAAGAGAAGCUUUUGCGAGAUUCCCCCACUGAGCUGGGUAUCGCCUAUGACUCCUGGGGGCCAAACACAGACGCUGGUGAGGCUCAGGCGAUUGCAGAUCUCGUCAAGGAGUAUAAUGUUUCCGUCAUGACGACGCACGCUCUGGCCGGCCCUUGGGGCAUCAGCAAUCUUCCUACCGACGUCCAGCCGUACGGAAUCCUCAACGGAACCACCCCCAUUGUCUUCUCUCACGCCAGCUUCAUCAGCGCCGAUGACGUUUCGCUCCUCCGCUCUACUAACCAGUACGUCUCCAUCACAGCCGAAUCGGAGAUGCAGUACGGACACGGUCACCCUCACUCCUACGAUUAUCAGGACCAGACUGCUCUCGGCAUCGACACUCACUUCACUUACUCGGCCGACAUCCUCACCCAGGCUCGCUUGUGGCUGCAGUCCGUCAGACUCCACUACUACGAGCAGGUCUUGGACAACUGGAAGGUCCCGACCUACUCUCCCAUGACUGUCAACCAGGCAUUCAUUCUGGCCACUCGAUCUGGAGGCCUGGCUCUGCGCCGCAACGAUCUCGGUGUUAUCAAGGCCGGCGCUAAAGCCGAUGUCGUCGUUUGGGAUGCCGAGAACUCCCCCUCUAUGCUCGGAUGGCAGGACCCCGUUGCCGCUGUCAUCAUGCACGCCAGCGUCGGUGAUGUGCUGCACGUCUUGGUCGACGGAAAGUUCGUCAAGAAAGAUGGCAAGCUUGUCAGUGACGAGUACCCCAGCAUCCGCAAGAACUUCUUGAAGGCGGCCAAGAGGAUUCAGGAUAUCUGGAGGUCGCUCCCUUAUCCCACUUACGACGCUCCUUAUCCCAGUAGUGGCUACAGCUACGGAACACCCGAAACAGUUGAUGUACAGAGAGGAAAUGACACCGGAUAUGGCACGUUGUUCUUGAUCUAA